AUGGCAGAACAAGAGUAUCUUGAUAAGAAAUUGUUCGAGGAAAGUCUUCCUGUAACUUUCAGACUCUUGAGUAGAGAACUCAAUGUCAAUGCGAACACUGCAAAAUCAUGGCUCGCGGCUUUCUAUCAAUCGCAUCAGAACCAAAUUUUGCCAUCUUACUUGUUAGCAGGAACCAAAAAACGCUCGCCUCAUCUCAUCUCAAUAACAGUAGUGCCUGAUCUGUCUAGUGAAAAUAUCCCCAAGACUGCCAAAGAAGUGGAAUCUCUUUUGACCUCCACCAAGGAAACAUAUGAAACUAUCAAGAGUUGUCAUAUUUAUAGUCUUAGUCCCGUUAGUGUACCAUUGACAAUAACGGAAAUUAUCACCGGGACAGAAGCAACUAUUUCUGAAAAGUUCAAUAUCAAUGAAUGCCGUGAUAAGCUUGAAACCUGGGGAGUAAUCAAGAACCCAGACCCAUUACCAGAUUUCUCUGCUGUGUCAAAAAAGAAGAAGAAUAUGACCACAGUAUCGAAUAAUCUUAAGAAGGAAGCACCAGUGAAGAAAGAAGCACCAUCAACAGUAAAGAAAACCUUUGAUACUGGAUUGACCACAAAAUAUGUGUCGCGUAAACAAGCCGCUGGUUCAAAUAAUAAUAAUAGUUCCAACUCGAAGAAUAAUGUGAUAUCCUCGAUGAAGUCCAGCAUGAGAGAUACAAAUCGUUCCAAGACUGAUCCCUUACCGGCAAAGAAAACUUCGAAACCAGCGCCAACAAAUACUACAAUAUCCAAGCCUGCAUCAUCGUCAUCAGCAUCUAGUGGGUAUAAAUAUGUCUCACGUAAAGAUGAAAAAUCAAAACCAAAAGAAAAGGUUAUUGUGUCCGAAAAUCAUGUGAAAUCCGAAAUUAAACAAGAUGAGGAAGAUGUUGAUCUCAGUGCGGUCAAGGCAAGAAAGGCAAAGGAGGAAAUCCAGCGCAAAGAAUUGGAGCAAAUGUUUAACGAUGAUGAUGCUGAUGAUUUCGGUGAUGAUUUAGAUGAAGGUGAUAUUGUGGAAAUCAAAGAGGAUGCUGGGGAAAAGAAGAAAGAAGUUAUUGAUAGUACACCAAUCACCAUCAAUUCCACUUCCAUCAAAGAAAAAGAAAUCAUCAGUGUGAAGACCCAAACGCAAGAUGAAACAAUUUCUCAACUCAACGAACUAGUAAACGAUGAAGACGACGAGAAAAUUGAAAGCUACGUUGAUGAGGAUGGAUAUAUGGUGUCCACCCGUAAAAUGAAACCUACAAAGCCAAAGAAAGCACCAUCGCCACCAACUGCCAAGCCAAAGGCUAGGACCUUGAAUAGUCUGGGCCCUGCAAAGAAGCAGAAACAAUCUACAAUCAUGAGUUUCUUCAAUAAGAAAUGA